UGAGGAGGCGGUACAGGGGCCCAUGGCAGAGUGGCGGAGCGUAAGCAGCUAAAAUUGAAGGCCAUACAGAGGCCUAUGUUAAAAAGUCCCCCCAGCAGCAGCGUGGGGAGACGACUAUCAAGAGUCCAAUGGCAGAGUGGCGGAGCAGAAGCAGCUUCAAUUGAAGGCCAUACACAGCCUAGGUUUAAAAGUCCCUCACAGUUAAUUCCAAUAACGAACUCUACUCCUCCGUGCAAUCUACUUACGAGACCCUGGGCAGGUCUGGGUCCAAUUUGUGGUAGAGACUGGUUUUGUUCAGCCAUGCUUGAGCGAGUAAUAACAGAGUGGUGAAGCGUAAGCAGCUUAAAUUGAAGGCCAUAGAGAGGCCUAUGUUAAAAAGUCCCCCCAGCAGCAGCAGUGUGGGGAGAUGACUAUCAAGAGUCCAAUGGCAGAGUGGCGGAGCAGAAGCAGCUUCAAUUGCAGGCCAUACACAGGCCUAG